AUGGGAAACCUUGAAACAUUCUGUGCUAAUAAGACUGCAAUCUGCACAACUUCUUUGAGGCCAUGCACUAAGAACAACGGCAAGCGUGAUGCGCAGUUGAUGAUGAUAUCAUAUCAGGAAGCUCGCGAAACUGAUGCAGACUUGCAAUCUUUGGACAACGCCCUCAAAACCCGCACCACAGCGGUCAUCAGAGCUUUUGCAGACGAUGGCCUUUCAACUCGUUUUCUGAAACGAGUCACAGAUUAUGUGCGGUAUCUGAGCCAGGAGAGCUUGGGCGCAGUGUUGGGACGCCGCAAUGCUUUUGGGAGCAUGAAUCUUAACAGUGGCAAUCAGGAAAGCUUUAAGCUUCUCGUGGACGAGUACAUGAAUAAUAGUUUGCAGAUGCUGAAUUUCUGUUCUGAAUUAGAUAGGUUCCUAAAGGAAGCUCGUAACACGCAGUCAUAUAUCGAAUAUGUGACUCGAGAGUGCUUUGAGAAGGAGAGUACAAUGGGGACAAGCCACUACAAGAUGAUUUCAAAGAGGUUGAAGAAUCUCAAAGCCUCUGUGGAUGUCUCUGGCCAGUAUUCUUCUGCUGGGAGGCUGCUCGAAAAGGUUGUGUGUCUGCGCAGGCAGCAGGAACAGAUGCUAGAAAAGUUGAAAGUUCAAAACGAGAAGCUUGGGAAAAAGGAGAGCCGUGCUCGCGCUUGGCGCAAGCUCACGAUGAUGCUGUUCGUCAUGGCCGUUGUUGGUUUGACGGCUCUUUCUAUCCCAGCUGCUGGGCCGGCUCUUGGCGCCGCUGUUGUCCCGAUGCUAGCGGGGGGAGAUUGGAUCACCAAGUGGUUUGAAGAAUAUGAAACUGCCUUUAAGGAUCAGCUGGAGGAAAAUGUGGCCAUGCAAGCUGGAGCUAGGGUUUCCAUUAAGGAGUUGGGGGAUAUAAAGUUUCUGAUUGAUAGGGUUGUGAAUGAGAUUGAUUCACUCUUGUUUGCUCCAAACUCCACAAUUGAGGAACAAGUAGAUUUUACAAUGAAGGAUAUUAAGCUCAAGCUUGAAACUUUUAUGAGCGAAAUUAAGACUUUGCAGGACGAAGCAAACAAAUGCACCUCUGAAAUACGCAACGCAAGGGAUAGGGUUGUGAACAGCAUAAAGUUUCUCAACAACAAAUAA